GUAAAUCUACAAUGCUUUCAUCGAAAUUGGCAAUUGUCACUGGCGGUGGAUCAGGAAUCGGACAAGCAAUUUGCAAGAAAUUCGCAGCUUCUGGAGCCCGUCUCAUCGUUGCAGACCUCAAAAAAUCGGCAGCAGAAGCCACAGCAGGCAAUCUUCCUGGAAAUGGGCAUUCGGCCUUUGAGAUUGAUGUCAGCGAUCCAGAACACGUGGCUCGUCUACAAGAAUUCAUAAAAUCUUCCGGAGAAUCGCCAUCUGUGCUCGUGAAUUGUGCAGGCAUCACCAAGGACGCUACCCUGUUGAAAAUGAGCCAGAAUCAGUGGCAGGAUGUGAUGAAUGUCAAUUUGAAUAGUGUUUUUCUGAUGUCUCAGAUGAUUGCUCGUGAAUCUGUGGCCGCCGGAUCUCCGCUCUCCAUUGUAAACGUGUCGUCGAUCGUCGGAAAAAUCGGAAAUUUCGGCCAAACUAACUACGCUGCCACUAAAUCUGGAGUGAUUGGUUUUACGAAAUCGGCAGCCAGGGAGCUUGCCACAAAGAACAUCCGCGUGAAUGCUGUGCUCCCCGGCUUCAUCAGAACACCAAUGACAGAGGCUAUGCCUCCGAAGGUCCUUGAUGCAAUGGUCUCGAUGGUUCCACAACGGAGACUCGGUGAGACUGAGGAGAUCGCGAACGCCGUGUUGUUCCUGGCAUCGGAUAUGUCUUCAUAUGUCACUGGAACCACGUUGGAAGUUACUGGAGGACUUGGAAUGUAGAAUUUAAAGAAUUUGGACUCCUCUUUUUAGCUUUCAAAUAAAAUUGCUUC